GUGGAUUUCUUUUUGGGAGAGGAAAGAAAAUGAAAAAAAAAAUAAAGAGAAUAACGUGCUGAAAGAAGAUGAGUAAUUGUACUUAAAUUCACCAGCAAGUUCCCGAGUCUCUGCUCCUCCAUUUGUCCGCAGAAAAUAAAAUAUUUUAAAUACUAUAUAAAAAUCAAGUCAGAUAUAGAAAUGAAUUAACAAUUAAGUUGAAUUGAAAAUCGGCCGCCGAGAUCAGAAGGAGAGGGUCGCACGGUUGGUACGCGCACCACGACGUCGUUCGGAAGGCAAGACGCGGUCCAGAGUUUCCGAUGCAAAAGCAGAACUGAGCUGGGCUGAGAGGAUCAAAUCGGAAAUGGCGGGGAAGACGAAGAAAAGCGAGGCAAGCAGUAGCAGCAGCAGAAACAGCAGCCGUAGCAGUAACCACAGAGAGGAAAGCGUGGUGGUCGAUUAUGGUAAAAACAAAAGCUCUUGCGGCUAUUGCAAAUCGUCUGCUCGCUCCAGUAUCUCUCAUGGAUUGGGGACACAAAGCAUUACGAUCAAUGACUACCAAGACCUUCUUGACCGGGGUUGGAGAAGAUCUGGUUGUUUCCUUUACAAACCUGAGAUGGAAAAAACAUGCUGCCCUGCUUAUACUAUUCGUCUGAAGGCUGGUGAUUUUGUUCCUUCUAAAGAGCAACUUCGGGUGUCUAGGCGAAUGCAAAGGUUUUUAGAAGGUACCUUGGAUUGUAAAAGACCAGUGGAGUCUGUAGAGGAUCCAAAUGCUUCUACGGACACAUGCAGCCGUACCCAUCUUGGAGUUUCAAGCUUAGCUGUGAAGGAAUCCUCUUCCAAUAACAAUGAAGAGAAGGAUGGGGAAGAAAACAUUAUGCGAUUCUUAUCAGAUCAAGUUGGUAACGUAGUUCAUGCUUGCUCUGAAAGUGGGGAAUUUCCUGACAUUCAAUUUCCAAAGGCUUCCGUUAAAAAGGUUUCACAAGCCAAAAGAAAGAUUUUGGGCAAAGGAUCAGAAGAUCUCUUAUACUCGACCAAUAUUGCUUUCCAAAUAGCGGCUACUAUAAAGCGGUCUCUACCAGAUCAGAAGGACGGCAACCAGGGAAGAUUGUUGAGGAAUAUUACAGAUGAAAAUGGGCCAUCUCCAAAGCUUAUUGCUGAAAAGCUAGAAAGUUUCUUGAAUCAGUUGGCAAAAACUUCUGGUCUGUCAGUCAGGGCUUGCAAUGGACACUUAAAUUUUUAUUCUGCCGCAAAACAUGCUUCCGCAUAUGAAAGUUCUCAAACUGUUAGUGUCUCUAAAGUAUCUGCUGCCAGUUCUGAAAGUAAAGGGUGCAGUUUGAAAAAUAGCUCUGAAAAUACUCAGGUAAAGAGGCGGAGGCUCGAGAUUCAUUUGAAAAGGUCCAGUUUUGAUUCAGAAGAGUAUGCCUUGUAUAGACGGUAUCAAAUGAUGGUUCAUAAUGAUACCCCUGAUCAUGUUACGGAAAGCUCAUAUAAGAGGUUCUUGGUUGAUACUCCCUUAAUAUUUGUUCCUCCAACUGGUGAUGGUACAGUUCCACCUUGUGGCUUUGGCUCUUUCCAUCAGCAAUAUGUGAUUGAUGGAAAGCUUGUUGCAGUCGGUGUUAUAGAUAUCCUCCCUAGAUGUUUGUCAAGUAAAUAUUUAUUCUGGGACCCAGAUUUUGCCUUCCUAUCACCUGGGAAGUAUUCAGCACUGCAAGAAAUAAGUUGGGUGAAAGAGAAUCAAGCCCAUUGCUCCACUCUUCAGUAUUAUUAUCUCGGUUAUUACAUUCACUCUUGCAGUAAGAUGAGAUACAAAGCAGCAUAUUCCCCAUCUGAGCUACUCUGCCCUCUACGUUACCAGUGGGUUCCUUUUGCCAUUGCUAAGCCUUUGCUUGAUAGAAAGCCGUAUGUUGUUCUAUCGGAUUUUUCCACGUUACAAGAUAGAGAGUCCUUGCCGCCGCAUGUUUCUGAAGAUGUCAUGGAAGUGCAACAUGAUGACAUUGGGAAAGAAGACACUAAUGAUUUCCUUAUGUAUGACGAUGAGGGGAUGAUGGAGCCUGAAUAUGGAAGCUCAGACAACGAACAACAUCUGGCAUCUGUUGAUGUAGAAGAUGGAGAUGUCAGUAACAUUUUAAUCGGGUUGACGGGAUCUCGUGUGAAAUUCAAGGAUCUAAAGUUUGCUUUUCGCCCGUCGGAAAGGAGUUACUUGGAGUUCCAGCUGCGUAGAUAUAUGAGAGUUGUAGGUGAAGGCCUGGCUGAGCGAAUGGUUUAUUCACUUGAGUGAUUUGGCUGUUCUUACGAGCCUUCAUUAGAUUUCAUCACAUAUGAAACAUUAUAUAUUGUAGUUGGAGCCGACUCUUCUGCUUGACUCAAUGUCUGGUCAUUUUAGCCGGGGCUAGAAGCGAGAGCCAAUCUCGAGUUUCCCCAUAUUUUGAGUUGGACACUUGUUUGCUGUUCCGUGGCUUAUGUUCUAUGGUCAAUACAGACUCCUGCCCCAGAUUCAUAUUGCAGUUU